AUGCAGAAAUUGAAGAAGAAACAUGCUCUUGUUCUGAGACAUGUUCCUGUUACUCUUUACACUUGUCUUCUCUUCUUCCUCAUCCUCUUCACCGCUGCUUUCAUCUCAUUCUCUUCCCUCUGGUCUACAGUUUCUACAACCAACACCAAACCGACAACAAAAACAGUCGCAAACCAAACCUUAGUAGCAAAUGUUCCAAGCAGAGAAGAAACAAUAAAACAAAGUUCAACGUUACUGAAUUGUAGCAGAGGCAACCAAACAAUAUGUUCAAGCGAUUAUCCGACGACAACAACAUCGGAAACAGAGAAGAACGAAGCUACAUGUCCGGAGUAUUUCCGGUGGAUUCACGAGGACUUAAAGCCAUGGAAGGAGAAAGGAAUAAGCAGAGAGAUGGUAGAGAAUGCAAAGAAAACGGCGCAUUUUAGGUUGGUGGUGAAAAACGGAAAAGGCUAUGUGGAGAAUUAUAGAGAAUCGAUACAAACGCGAAGUGUUUUCACGAUUUGGGGGAUUUUGCAAUUACUGAGGAGAUAUCCUGGGAAAGUUGCAGACAUGGAAAUGAUGUUUGAUUGUAAUGAUAAACCUGUGGUGCCCGUGGGCUUGUAUGAUGGGCCCAAUGUUGCAGGCCCAGGCCCAGGCCCGCCACCUGUUUUUGGGUAUUGUGUUGAUCGGUGGACGCGGGACAUUGUUUUUCCGGAUUGGUCUUUCUGGGGUUGGCCAGAGAUUAAUAUAAGACCAUGGGAGCAUGUAUUGAAGGAGAUAAAAAAGGGAAAUGAAAAGGUGAAAUGGGUAGACAGAGAACCUUAUGCUUAUUGGAAAGGAAAUCCUUAUACAGCAGCAACGCGACUAGAUUUCCUCAAUUGUAAUGUUUCAACUGAUCAUGAUUGGAAUCUUCGUAUAUUCACACAGGAUUGGAUUCAAGAGUCUAAACAAGGAUUCAAUAACUCAAACUUGGCAGACCAAUGUACAUACAGAUACAAAGUUUAUAUUGAAGGGUAUGGAUGGUCUGUGAGUGAGAAAUAUAUUCUAGCAUGUGAUUCUCCUACACUGUUUGUGAAGCCUCGUUACUAUGAUUUCUUCACAAGAAGUUUACAACCAUUGCAACAUUAUUGGCCUAUAAAGGAAAAUGACAAGUGCAAAUCCAUUAAACAUGCAGUUGAUUGGGGCAAUAACAAUAACCAAAAAGUACAAGAAAUUGGUAAAGCUGGGAGCAAGUUUGUUCAUGAAGAGCUCAAGAUGGAUUACAUUUAUGACUACAUGUUUCAUUUACUAAAUGAAUAUGCGAAACUUCUCAAGUUUGAGCCAAAAGUGCCUGAAGGAGCUGUGGAGUUGUGCCCUGAGUCCAUGGCUUGUGCUCGAUCAUAUUCGGUGGAGAAGGAAUUUAUGAGUGAAUCCAUGGUUAGGGAGCCGUCUACGAAAGAUCCGUGCUCGUUGCCGCCUCCAUUCGAGCCCAUGUCGCUCAGGAUUUUCUACGCAACGAAACAAAAUUUAAUCAACCGUGUGGAGCGAUGGGAAAAUGAGUAUUGGAGAAACUACCAGUGA